UAUCAAAGCAGAUAAUAUUCUUCUUGAUUAUAAUUUUGAACCAAAGGUGGCAGAUUUUUCGCUCGCUAAUUUUUUGCCAAAUACCGAUGGUGUUACUCACAUCACUACCAUAAUUAAGGGAACUAGCGUGCUAAGGAUUGGAUUAGACAAGCUUUGAACAAUAAUGACUAUACCAAUCUCGUUGAUUCCAAAUUGAGAGACAAGUAUGACAAAGAAGAAAUGAGAAGAAUGAUUUAUUGUGCUUAUACUUCUGUGUAUAAAUCUUCACAAUUUCUGUCAAAAAUGAAACAGAUAGUUGAAGUUCUUGAAGGAAGUAUGCUUCCCGAGAAGUUAAUGGAUGGGAACGACGGCAGCGUAGCUUUACACGAUGAUAUACCUCAAAUACAUAAGCUGAAGGAAUAUAAUUUUCGACAACUCGCAAUGGCAACUGAUUUUUUCUCCAACAAUCUCCUUCUUGGCGAGGGUGGUUUUAGUCAAGUCUUCAAGGGAACAUUAGAUGGUGAAGUCGUUGCUAUCAAGAUGCUUAAAAGAAAGCUGGAAAAUAAAUUGGAGGAGAUUGAGUUCCUUGGCUUUGUGAGACACCGAAAUAUUGUUAAGAUGAUCGGGUACUGCAGUGAGGGAAAAAAUAGAUUCCUUGUUUUAGAGUAUGUUCCCAACAAGACCUUGGCAUAUCAUUUGCAUGGAACAAACACGAUUUUGGAUUGGUCAAAGAGAAUGAAAAUCGCCAUACACUCUGCAAAAGGGUUGCUGUAUCUUCAUGAAGACUGUAAACCUAAAAUCAUACAUCGAGAUAUCAAAACAGAUAGUAUCCUUCUUGAUAAUGACUUUGAACCAAAGGUCGCAGGUUUUUCGCUUGCAAAUUUUUUGCCGGAUAUUGAUGAUGUUACCCACAUCACCAGUCUAUUGAGGGGAACUAAUGUUUAUGCAGAUCCAGAAUAUGAUAAUAUUCAAAAAAUAUCAGAGAAAUCAGAUAUUUAUUCCUUUGGAGUUGUACUCUUAGAAUUAAUUACUGGUAGAAGACCCAUCGAUGAACAAGGCAAUAACAUUAUUCAUUGGGCAAAGGAUCGAAUUGGACAAGCUUUGAACAAUAAUGACUAUGUCGGUCUUGUUAAUUCCAAAUUGGGAGAGUUGUACGACAAAAAAGAAAUAAGAAAAAUGAUUUGUUGUGCUGCCGUUUCGAUUUAUAAACCUGCACUUUUUCGAUCAAGAAUGAAAGAGAUUGUUGAAGUCUUAGAAGGGUCUAUGCCAUUGAAAAGUAUAGGGCUAAACUCGACUUCCAUAAGCCAUCUUUCAUCAUUUACUAUGGCUUCUAGUUCUUGGACCCUUUCCCAACGGAAGACAUGGGAUGUAUUUAUUAGUUCUAGAGGGAAUGACGAUGUCAGUAAAGGUUUUCUCAGCCAUCUCCUUAAUGCUUUGCAGCAAAAAUAUAUCAAUACCUUCGUGGAUAACACACUUCGUGAAGGAAAAGAGAUUUCACCAGCUCUCUUGAAAAUAAUCGAAGAAUCAAGUGUGGCAGUAGUCAUUUUAUCUGAAAAUUAUCAGAUGACUCGUGUUGAAUGCUCGAAUAUCUUCUUUUAA